AUGGCGGCUCAAAUUCCAAUAGUGGCCACCAGUUCCACUCUGGCGAUAGCCCGAAACACCAAGAAGCGGCCAGCCAGCCCUGCCAACAACGGCAGCAGCGCCGGGGCCUACAGCGCCAGUAAGAAGAAAAAGGUAGCUUCCAACUACGCGCAGGGGAUCGGCAUAGAAGCGGUGAAUGAGAAUAAAAUGGUGCCGUCUGAUUUUAGCACAGGACCUGUGGAAAGAGCUGCCAAGCCCUUGCUAUUUAAGGAUCCUAACUUUGUGCAUUCUGGCCACGGUGGCGCAGUAGCUGGCAAGAAGAACAGAACCUGGAAGAACCUGAAACAAAUUCUCGCUUCUGAAAGGGCAUUGCCGUGGCAACUGAACGAUCCCAACUACUUCAGUAUUGAUGCUCCUCCAUCCUUUAAACCAGCUAAGAAGUAUUCUGAUGUUUCAGGUCUUCUUGCCAACUACACAGAUCCCCAGAGCAAGCUGAGGUUCAGCACCAUUGAAGAGUUUUCCUACAUCCGGAGGCUGCCGUCCGACGUCGUCACCGGCUACCUGGCCCUGAGAAAAGCUACGAGCAUUGUCCCCUGAGCCUGGGAAAUGGAAACCAAGCGGGGAAAUGGCUUCAGAGGCAGAUGCUGGCCUCGCGGUUUUAUUUCCUGGAAAUCCUCGUUCUUCUGUCAGCCUGAAAAUGCCCUCGCUGAACCUUGGAGAGAAUGUUUGGCUUU